AUGGCGUGGGCGCCAUGGCGCUGGGGCUUGCGCAAGGCGCGUGGCGUGGGGCGCUGGCGCUGGUUGUGCUGGGUGGCGUGGGGCGCGCGGGGGCUGGUGCGCGCGCAGCAGUGCGGCGCGUGGCGGCGAGCGUGGCGGUGGCAGCAGCGGAAGCCUCCGGCCACUGGGAGGCGCAGUGUGUGCUGGAGCGGCCGGUCGGAGGCGCCGGGCGCGGGGGCGGGCGAGGUGCGGCUGGACGUGGAACCCUCUACCGCCAUCUGCGGGGGCGCUCGCGUCGACACACUCACGCUCACCAUCAGAGGUCCUCCUCCGCCUCCAGGCCCAGGGUAUGUGAGUGUUCCUGGGGUCGGAUAUUACCGCAUUCACAAAGAAAAUCGUACAUGGGCAGAGGCGAAGGCGAUUUGCGAAGCAGAGGGCGGCCAUUUGCUCAUCAUCAACUCGGAGGCAGAGGACAAAGCGAUUCAGCAGCUGUUGAAGCAAGAACAGAAACUUUCCACAUGGAUCUUCAUCGUAUUUAGCGAUAUAGAGAAGGAGGGUUCCUAUUUCACAAUUUUUGGUACGCAUUUAUAUUAAAUUUGUUCAGGAUUGUUAAUAGCACACUUAACCAGUUCACAGAUUUCUUAAAAAUAGUUUAAGUAAUAAUAGUAAAAUAGUUUAAGAUUUCUUUGGAAUAAAGGGCUACUUUUAAAAUGCAUGUGGUUGAAGCGACCCCCACUUAGGGUUUGGGUUGUGCAUUCAAAUGCGAAGAAGGCACUUUUUCACAAUCCGUAAUUACCUAAUAUUCUGCCGGAAAAUGUAAAAAAACACCAAAUAGACCUCUGAAGAUGCAUUCAUCACUUUCUAGGGUCUCCGAGAGGCGAGUAUCCAUUAUCUGUGCUCCACUCCUUUUGGGGGUUUGGUGCAAGUGCAAGUGCGUGACGCUAUUGCUUCGCUACCGCUUUCCUUGCAGGAGAUCCGCUGUCGGCUCUAGGCUACGCUCGCUGGAACCCUGGACAGCCUGACGACUACAAGAACAGAGAAGACUGUGGAAGCGUGCACUCGGCUACAGGGGACCUGAACGACCUUCCUUGCAACGCCAAAGUUGGAUUCAUUUGCGAGCAACGUUUAGUUUAGAAUUUUUUACAAGAUUCCGCGGAGCAAAAAACAAAGGCAAUAUAAGAAGAUUCAGGGAUCGUCUGUUGGUGAUACUCUCCCUAAACCUGGUAAGGCAGACAACGCAUUAGGUGCUUAGGUCUGCUGAUCCACUUACUUGGAUUCACGAGACUUAUCAACGCUCAUGCAAUUCUAAAGAAGGCUUCAUUUACAAGAAGCGCAUAGUUCAGAAUAGUUAUGUGCUGUUAUUUAUGUAAAUAAAUUAUUUUUGAAAUAAUAUUGUCACAUUUCUUUCUACAGUGUUUUCAUGCCAGUAUUAUAAAUAAAAGUGAA